AUGCAAAGAUUGAUUCAGUGCAACAUCCGCGAGUGCCCCCUGCUUUCGGACCGAAGGACUCGGGUGAUUUAUGGGAGGGGGAAUAUGGAAGAGGGAGAGGAGGGAGAGGGAGGGAUGGAGGGCGCGGAGGGGUUUGCUACAGGGGAGGAAGGAGAUCAAAAUGAUGAAGAGGAUUCGGAAGAUGAUGUAGAGGAUUCGGAAGAAGGCGAGGAGGAAGAGGAUGAAAGUGACGAGGAUGAGGAUGGGGAUGAGGAUGAGGAUGAUGACGACGAGGACGGCAAUGAGGAAGAGGAUAGUGAGGAUGGAGAUGGGGGAGAUGAGAGCGAUGAGGACGACGAGGGAGAUGUGGGAGAUGCCUCGUCCGCCGCUGCAUUCGGGAGUUGCACUUUCAAGAUCGCGUCGUCAUUUUCCACGUGGCGAACGAUUGUCUUGCCACGUGUCUCCAACCUUCAGGCAGGAGUGGUUGGCACGAAAAGCUGUUCCUCUCCCAUCUCAUCCUCCUCUCUGAUCACUAGCCAUGGCCUUGCCACGUCAGCCUCAUUCACGCCAGCUGCUGCAGCCACGUCAGCCACGUCCACACCAGCUGCUGUUGCAGCCACGUCAGCCUCAUUAACAUCAGCAUCACCAUCAUCAUCAACAGCAGCAGCUGGAGCAGGAGGUGCGGUGUCAACAGGGGGGGUUGGAGUCGCAGCAGCUGGGGAGCCGGGAGUGGGGAAUGGGAGGAUCCGGGUGAAGACAAAAGCGCUGACGAAACAAGCAAAGCACAUCAUGAAUAUCCUGGAUGCAGAGGCCACGGGUGCCCUGCGAGAGCAACGGAACAUGCCAGACUUCAAGCCAGGGGACGUGCUCUCCAUAAAGAUUGAGGUGCCUGAGAACAAGCGGCGCACUUCGAUUGUCAAAGGCAUCGUCAUCGCGCGCAGGAACGCCGGCGUCGGCUCCACUUUCCGCAUCCGCCGCAUGCUGGCAGGCGUCGGCGUCGAGAUGUCCUUCCCUCUGUGA